UUAAGCUUGAAUGCUGACGUCAUCAGGAAUGGCGCCUGAAAACCUUGCAGAAAGCAAGAUGAGUGAUGUGGGAGAGAGUAGGAAACACGACCUGGACAAGAGAGAAGGAAGCAAGGAACAGGUCCUUGAGAAGAUGGAGAAUUGUGACACCAUGUCAAAGAGGCAGAGGAAAAAGCUGAUGAAACAGAAACAGUGGGAAGAGCAAAGAGAUUUGCGCAAGCAGAAACGUAAGGAAAAACGCUUGAAGAGAAAACUGGAGCGUCGGUCUCAAUUGGAAUCAAACAGUGAAGAAAGUAUCAGGAAGCGCAAGUGUAGGGAAGUGGCUCCCAGUACACUUCGUCUUAUUAUAGACUGCAGUUUUGACAGUUUAAUGGAACUAAAGGAUGUCAAGAAACUUCACAAGCAAAUUCAGAGAUGUUAUGCAGAAAAUCGCAAAGCACUCCAUCCUGUACAGUUUUAUUUGACCAGCCAUGGUGGUCAGCUGAAAGACAACAUGAAUGAAAAUGACAAAGGCUGGGUAAACUGGAAGGAUAUCCACAUUAAAUCAGAGCAUUAUAGUGAAUUGAUAGAGAAGGAAGACCUUGUGUAUCUAACCUCGGACUCUCCCGAUGUCCUGAAUGAACUAGAUGAGUCCAAAGCCUAUGUCAUUGGAGGCUUGGUGGAUCAUAACCAUCACAAGGGAAUCACGUACAAAAGGGCACAAGAGCAGGGUAUACGUCAUGCACAGCUUCCGCUAGGUAUUUUUGUAAAAAUGAACAGCAGGAAAGUUCUGGCAGUCAAUCAUGUGUUUGAGAUCAUCCUUGCAUAUUUAGAAAAAAGAGACUGGGAAGAAGCCUUUUUCAGUGUCUUGCCACAACGCAAAGGAGUUACAUCACUAAAUGAGACAAUGGAGAAGUCUGUACCUGUACUGCAAGAUUCAAAACCUGUUCAGGAUGAAACCUCAGAUAGCGACUAAGCUGAAAAGGGUCAGAGAUGCGAAGGGGCUGAAGUUGGACACCUUUCUUGUGUGUGGCAUUAUUUAUAGCAGGGGAGGACAUCAGACAAGGCUUGGUGUGACCCACCACAGAAUCUUGAAUGGUUGCGCAUAUGCACCCAUUGCCAGCCCCACAUCACCACUCAAAAUUGGGGUGAGGUGAAUUUUUUUGUCCCCAUAUUAUUUGCGCCCACAUAGUUGGGAUAUCUACAUGCAUGCAUACCGUUAACUACUCUUUUUGCCCCUCUUUCAUAUAUGUAGCCUGGUCAGGUUUGUUUUCAAAUCAGAAGUUCUGUUUAUUACUUGGGGUUUUGAAGAAAAGGUCUAUAUAAGCCACAGACUGCCCUUUAAAGAUGGCAAAAUGUCCCCCAGAAGAUGCAAUAUGACCAGUAAUAUAUGCAGAGACCUGCAGGUUGUCUUGGCAACUUGGCGGCUAGUUUUGGUGGAGAAUGGAGCCACUUGAGGAACACAAGAACUGUCUCGAGCGUCUCAUGCUUCCCACAUAUUGCACUUUAAGCCAGCAGCAUUUUAUGGCUUGACGCAAUGCUUGUGGGCUUCUUUGAAGCACUGAGUUUAUAUUGCCACAUCUGGAUUACACACAUACUUACAAAAUACUUUACUUUUAGUAUAUCUCUAUAAAGCAAAACUACCAAUGGAAAAGUCUUUAUGUUUCCCAAGGAAGUGGAUACUUGCUGUUUAAUAUUUGUCAAAACAAUUUUCCUGUUCUGAACAUGGUAACAGAACUUUGCUGAGAGUGAACCUUGGCUUGGCUGAAACAUCUGUGGGGUUUAAUUUUAAACAUCUUGAUUUAAUUUGUUCCUGGCCUUCCUGCCACUUCCACGAUUGGCCCUGCUGUGCCUUUUGACUUCAUCUUGUAUAUUUUGAGGAAAUCUCUGAUGAGUGUUUGACAAAUUCAAUUUAGAAUUGAAUUGUAAUAUU